UAACAGAACAGAAAUCUAGUUAGCAAAAACAUGGUUCGCGCAGUUUUUGGAAUUGUUGUGUUGAUGUUGGUUGUGAUGACAUUCACAUUUGCCUCAACACCACCAUUGCCGUGGGGUGUACCUGGGAUUAAAGAAACACUAACUACAACGCAAAAGCCCGAUACCCAAGAUGCCUGUCCCGAGCCCACUGAGGAAUUGAAAGCGUGCAUGCGUAAAUGGGCUUGCCAAACCUUGAUACGUCUCGAUUUACGUUGUCUGCUGAACUUGAAUGGUCUCCCACUGGUUGGUAAUGCUUUGGGUGGUCUUCUGGGUGGUGGUGGUGGUGGACAGUCACAACAACCAGCUCUUGGUGGAUCAGGUGGUGGCUUACUAGGAGGUCCUGGUGGUGGUUUACUUGGUGGCACUGGUGGCAUACUCGGUUCACUACUAGGAUAACUUCCUUACUUUAUUUACUUCUCACUUUUACUCUAUUGCACAUUCAUCGAAAAUUAAAUAAAAGUGCAUAUUAUGUGUGUAUACA